GUUGCAUCAAUGUGCAGUGUCGAAUAUGACAAUUACUUAAAACUGAAAAACAAGGUUUUUGUUAUGUAAAUAAAUACGUUAUGGCAUGUGUAAAAUUAAAUAUAAAAAGUGUAAUAAUUAUCGUAUUAGUUGUAAUGUUUAACGGAAUUAAAUCGCAUAUGGCUGUCAAUCAUAUGGAAGGCUUUGUGAAAGACGAAAAAAAGAACUUUAGUAAUACCGAUUCAGUUACAGUUGUACAAAAACAACAUGUUCCAGCAAGUCUCGAAACAGGUGCAAAUUGUUCUCGAGAUGAAUGUUAUAAAUUGUUGCCUACAUGUCUAGACUGCAAACUAAAUGACAAUUGUACAUAUGGUGCUCAAAUAAAUGUAUCUUGCACAGUUCGGCCAAAUGUCGACUGCCACGGGAAUAGAGAGUUCUUUAGGGUAAUGACUUGCCAAUACUGCCACCAAACAGAACAUUGGGAGCAUACAUGCGCCCAAAAAGCAAACUGUAAUUCUAUAGCAACCCCCAAGCAGCAUUACAGGACGAACUGUACGGUGAACCCAGAUGUUCUAUGCCUUGGAAAAAGAAACUUUUUAAAAAAUGUUAAGUGUGAUUGGACCGGAGGAUAUCACUGGUCCACAGCUCUUAUACUUAGUAUAACACUUGGAGGUUUUGGUGCCGACAGAUUUUAUUUAGGCCAUUGGCAAGAGGGAAUUGGAAAGUUAUUCUCAUUUGGAGGAUUGGGAGUUUGGACGCUUAUUGAUGUUAUUCUAAUCUCAUUACAUUACUUAGGUCCUGCAGAUGGAUCUCUGUUUUUAUAACAAAUCAAUCUUCAUGACUUUGAUUGAACUGUUGCAGUGAUAAUAAGUGCUAAUAAUUUGUAGAUACAAUUUAAUGUUUUGAAGGGAUAAAUGAGGAAGAUGUCGAAGAAAUAAUUCAAUAAGUAGAGCAGUCUUUCUAAUGGUGACCUCAAGGAAUGAACUGAACAAGAAGGAAACAAAAAUGUUGACAGCAGUGAUUCAGUGGAAAAGCAAAAAGAACUUUCGAUGGUGUUUGUAAAAAGGAGUUUGUCUACCAUAACUGAAAUAAUGGAUCAAUUCAUUGAAAAAUGAUCCAAAUUUUGACAGAAGCUCUAAAGUAAGGCGUGGUGUUAGAGAUGCUCUAUCCGUUUAUGAAGCAAAAGAAAAAGUGAAACAACAUUAGACGCCUUUGUCACAAAACGGCAAAAUACUGAAAAUGCGGAAGGCUAACUAAAUAUGACUGACUUAGAAUGUUAUUUGUUUUUUCAAGAAUAUUUGUUUUGUUAUUUAUAUUUUAUCUUUAUUUUUGCAAGAAAUAAUGUGCUAUUAAUUUGGGCUUUAAGAAAUAAAUGUUUGGUUUUAUUUUUAGUAAAAAAUA